UUUCUGGAGUGGGGCAGCUUUUCCUGCAAUCGCGAAGGCGGAGGAUGCGAGGCAACUAGUAAUAAUAAUGUGUUUUUUUUCCUUCAAAGAGUUAUUUAACGGAUUAAAAAAAUAAUUACAGCAAAUAGGGAGAAUGUCAAACAAUCCUUGGAGAGAAGAGUCCGGGAGGGGGGAUUGUUCUCAUCAUUCCUUUUCUGGCUUUACAGCAUCCUGUUUUGACAGUAGCGAAUGAUGCAAUUCUGGCCACUGGGUAUCCCAAGAACAUGCCUUCCUGAUCAUGAGGGUCACCCUCUUUGCCUUGCUGAAAAUUGAGCCCUCAAAGGGCGCCAAUGCCUCUGCUUUGGAGAAAGAGAUUGGUCCAGAACAGUUCCCUGUGAAUGAACAUUACUUCGGCUUGGUUAACUUUGGCAAUACCUGCUACUGCAACUCGGUUCUUCAGGCGCUUUACUUCUGUCGUCCAUUCCGGGAAAAGGUGUUGGCCUACAAGGUGCAGCCCCGCAAAAAAGAAAGUCUCCUGACGUGCCUCUCGGACCUCUUCAGCAGCAUUGCCACACAGAAGAAGAAGGUGGGGGUUAUCCCUCCCAAGAAAUUUAUUUCCCGGCUGAGGAAGGAAAAUGAGCUGUUUGACAAUUACAUGCAGCAGGAUGCACAUGAAUUCCUCAACUACCUACUGAACACGAUUGCCGACUUGCUCCAGGAGGAAAAGAAGCAGGAGAAGCAGAACGGCAGGCUCCAGAAUGGCAGCAUCGAGAGCGAUGAAGGGGAGAAGGCCGACCUCACCUGGGUCCAUGAAAUCUUCCAGGGGACACUAACCAAUGAAACCAGAUGUCUUAACUGUGAAGCUGUUAGCAGCAAAGAUGAGGAUUUUCUGGACCUGUCGGUUGACGUGGAACAAAACACAUCAAUAACGCACUGUUUAAGGGGGUUCAGCAAUACUGAGACUCUGUGCAGCGAGUAUAAGUACUACUGUGAGCAGUGCCGCAGUAAACAAGAAGCACAAAAGAGGAUGCGAGUGAAAAAAUUGCCCAUGAUUCUUGCUCUGCACUUGAAAAGGUUCAAAUACAUGGACCAGCUGCACCGAUAUACCAAACUCUCCUACCGUGUCGUCUUUCCUUUGGAGCUUCGUCUCUUCAACACUUCAGGGGAUGCCACCAAUCCGGACCGAAUGUACGAUCUCGUGGCAGUCGUUGUGCAUUGUGGCAGUGGGCCAAACCGAGGACAUUAUAUCACCAUUGUGAAAAGCCAUGGGUUUUGGUUGCUAUUUGAUGAUGACAUUGUAGAGAAAAUUGAUGCUCAAGCUAUUGAAGAAUUCUAUGGGUUAACAUCGGACAUUUCAAAAAAUUCAGAAUCUGGAUAUAUCCUCUUCUACCAAUCAAGGGACUAAGACAAUGCAUUUUAAAGCAUCUUCCAGGUGUGCAAAAGAAGGGAUCAAGGCUGUGUCCAGACAAGACAUUGCGGUGAUAGUAAGAUCCAUUCCUUGUCAUUGCCAUAAGACCACCGGAGAGUAACUGGAUCAUUUCUGCAAGGAAGACGACUGUCCUCAGCAAGGAUACAUUUUGCUCUGGUUUUCUUUCCGGACUAUUUUAUAUGUGCUAAUUUCCAAAAUCGAUGUUACCUCUACUUGAAACCUGGCUGCUUAAUUGUUCAAGAACCAAGGAAGCUGUCCUUAAAGUAGCACUGUAGAAUUCGUUCACUGUUCGGUCAUGGCCGGAGAGUAACUUGGUUUCCAUUGUUGUCAUUUUUCUGUAUUCUAGCAGAAUGACUUAAAUCUUCAGCAUUGGCUCCAAACUGGUUUUAAGAUAUGAGCAGGAGGAAGUUGCUAACAAGUUUUGGUGGCUCAGGACAUCAAGGUUGCUGCCAGGUUAAGUCGUUUUCGAAGUAUCACACUUUUAACAUUACGAAUGGGAAAAGGACAGAAAGUUGAUGCUUCCACAGCAUUAUGAAUUUCCUCAAUGGUGUCUUGAUUUCAGAUAACACUAUUUAUUCUUAUGUGUUUUUCCACUUUUGUCUGUCUCUUUCCUGAAAUCUCCUGGAGAAGUAAUUUUUAUAUGCUUUAUAAUCUAUUAUACAUUUGUUUCUGUUAGAGGUUUUGACUCAGAGCCCCAACAUGGCAGAAUCCAGUGGAGCAAAGAGUUAGAAGCAAGUCUUUGGGGUCCUGUCAACGCAUAAAAGCUGAAGUUACUGUAUUUCAUUGAGCUGUCAUAUAAGCCAAAAGUGCCCUCUGCUGACACAGGAUCUGUUGCGUGUUUGCUUCACUGUAUAAUCAGUUCUGCACAGAAUUCUACUCACAGAAGCAACUUUAGAAAUAGGUUUCUGUGCCAUCAGCACACAUGAAGCAACAUUAAUUGUGGGGGUUAACUGAUGCAAACCUAUUUCGUCUUAGAAACAACGGUGGUUUGAAAAAGACGCCAUUCAGGUUAACAUGCACUAACGCCUUGGGAAACCUCCCUUUGAAUCAGUUGACCGUUUGCCUCUGAGUAACUUGACAGUUCCUAUUGCGCUACCGCAUCAACAGUAAAAGACAACGCAAUCUUAGGAAGACCGCUUUAGGUAAUAUAGGCUGAACAACUUUAUAUAUUGUAACUGUAAUGAUUAUUAGAAAGAAUCUGUGCAAUGGAGAAGACUGCAAGCAUUAUUCAACUGCAUUUGAAAUCUGCUCAUUGCUGCGUCCCCACCUACCUCCACUUGCUUAAAAGAUCACAUUGAGAUAGUGCCCUGUCUGGGGUGUGGGAACUUUGGAUGUGCCCUGCACAGCAGCCUUACCCGAAAAGUGUCCCCACUUACUUAAAUGAAGAGAGACAUUUCCUGCAGGUUACUUAUUGGGUGGGGAAUUGCACCCCAAAAUAAGGUAAGCUGCCCCUGCUGCGGGGAAUCAGGAGCUGGCACACGAGUGCUUUGUAGGCACCGGUGAAUGUUCGGCGCUCUGCAUUAGGGCAGAUGACUGGAAGUGGAGAAUCGUUUUUCUGUUCUACUCCAGCACUAAAGCUGGAUCUGCAUGUCCCAGGGCAGUCUUCCAAAUUAGGCCACUGGCAAGAAAGAGUUUUACUUGAUGCAAAUACACAACUCGUGCUUUGUUUUUACCAAAAAGCUGAGCUUGCUUAAACAGCACGUUGCAUACUCGUCGUCGUCUUCCUGUGGCUGUCCUUGACAUCUUGCUGUCUUCUUCGCGUGCCCAAUGGCACUCCAUAAGGUGCACACUCUUCUAUACAAACAAAAAAACAUGUUCAGAACUGGUUUCAAGUUCCAGUAUUUAUACCCUCAAACAACUUCAGGAUGAAAAUCCACGCAGUUGAUUUAUACUGUCUAAUAUGCAAAUUAACUCUUUUCUUCAGAGGUUGUCAUCUCUAAUAAAAUAACUUGACAACUGGUCGAUGAUACUGCAGUACCUGUGAAUUUUCACUUUGCUAGACGUCCCCUCAAAAAGAAAACCCCCAACUGGCCUCAGUAACCAGUCGGUCAUCUUGCAGGCCUUGGCCUGGGGGCGAGAAGGUCCCAUUAAGCAGACACUAAACAGCAAAUAUGGCAAAGUAACAGAAGAGAACACUAAACUUGUAUUUUGUAUAUUUGGUGAUAAUGUUUUUACAAAUAAGAUUCCUGACUUGAGAGACUGAGAGAGAAUAUUGAAAGAUAUAUACUAUAGAUUAAAAGUGCAAUUUUGCUACGGAUUUAUAGGGGAUCAAAUUGGAAGAGAGCAGUGUGAAGUUACUUCUGUAAAAUAAAUGACCCCCCAAAUGACUCCAAUAAAGGUCAAGUAUGAGAAAUGCC